UCUGACGGAGAACGCGAAGGGGCAAAGCCGAAGGUCCCUCGCAGGACGCCCAUGGCCUGUCAAUUCUGCAGAGGACGAAAGCUCAAGUGCGAUGGUCGCCCUACCUGCGCGAAUUGCCAACGUCGGAGCAUCCCCUGCAUCUAUGUGCCUGUG